AGUAUUUUUAAAUGAGACAAGCGAAGCUAUACCACAGGUGAAGGCGUAUGCUUUGAGUGCAAGCAAAUUAAACACUAAUAAAAUGUUUAAAAUAAUUUCACUAUUAUUUCUGUUUCUUGGAACUGAAAAAAUAACUGCAAUAGAUCUUCCAAUAGUAUCAGAUAUCCAGGAUAUAAUAAGUCUUGGCCACGAUUUAUCGGAUUUAGCAUCUGGAAAUGUACCUCUGAUAACAUCUCUCUUCGGAGGAAAUACUGUGGACCCUACGAUCGCGAAAUUGGACGGACUAUCAACUCAAAUCGAGGAGCUAACAAAGUUAUUCAACGUCAAAAUGGAUGCCGCGCUGUCACAAAUAUUGAACAACGUGCCACGUGACACCGAUUUUAGGACACGUAUGGGCCAGCUGCACAAAUACAUAACCCGUAUCAACGGUCAAUUUGAUGACUAUCGGCGCCUACUGAAAUCAGCGAGUAAAUACAAUCAAUACAGUAUAAACCAAUUUAUACAAGCCACAACUUCUUCACAAGAUGGCGACCUGCCAGAAAUAUUAAAUCAAAUCCAUCGACUAUUCAUAACACAGCAAUCUGGUGAUAUCCAAGGAGGUCUUUUGGACCUUGCAGUCCCUAUUUUCAAAGAUAUGAAACCAGGAUCUUUAUGUGGCAUUACUAAAUCACGGCAGCAACGUGUUUAUGAUAUUUAUCGAACGGUUAUGUUUACAGAACUAAAAGGAUUUAUCAUGAGUUCUUAUUCUUAUGGUCUAUUAUCUAUUUAUCAUAAUUCAUCUUUUGAAGAAGAAGCAAAAAGAUCGGAAGAGAGACUUAUAAAAUCCGCAUAUGAUUAUAUGUCAGCUACUAAAGAGGCAUUGAAAGUAAUACCUAGAGAAAUAAUUGUUUGUGAUCCACCAAAACACAUUUUAGGCGAAACAUUCACGGAACUGAUCCGCACAGUCCAAAUGACGAUGCUUCAUGAAUAUAUGUUAAGUUCUGAUGGAAGCUGUGGUGGUUCAUGCAGUGACUUUAAUACAAAUAAAAUUUAUCGCAAGUACGAGGAUUUUAAAAAAAAAACUUGGUACCCAGAGAAUCCAUGCCAGGGAAGAAUAGACGAGUGCCGGGACCUGAACUACGUUGAGUUUUGUGAAGUGCCCGGUAAAUUCAAAGAACGUCUGGUUUAUGUAGACAAUUAUGAUGACCGUACUUAUGGCGACCAAAAACUCUGUACGUUCGGUAAAGAGAGCGCACUUUGGAAGUUAAUGAUUGGUGUGUAUAGGUGUCACCCCUGCUUGUGCCAAUGCAUAGAAGACAAAGCCGAGUCAACGGCUCAUCGCGCAAUCAGUUUCCUAUCACAAAGGACGGAUGUGGACAAAAAUAUGGUACUGACUGGUAUACGAUUUAUCAAAAAAAAUCACGUGCUUCAUUUGCAAAUUGAGCAGGGAAAGUUAAUUGAAGAUGGUCGUAUUGAAAACGGUACCAUUGAAUGGGUACCGCUCGACGAAUUAAAGUAUGAUGCAGAAGCUGAGGGUGGAGCUUUUGUAAAAGUUGUUGGUGGUAAAGAAAUACCAAUGAAGAAAACAGUUGACUACGCGUUUAUACAUCAUGAGCUUCGUCACUUUCUUCUGGAUAAUGUCGUCGCACCACGGCCAGAUUUUGUCGUUACAGGCGCCCGUUUAAGACUAGGGGUGUAUUCUGCCCAAGAUUUUCAUCUGGAAGUCCGUUUUUCAAAGUUCAAUUUUACAACUGGCUCCUUAAUUUCGUUUGGCAGGAAUGAUUCGAUUAACGGGAAUCUUGACUUCAAUAAUAAUAAGAUACCUUCGAGAUGGUAUACUACGGAUCUCGAUAGGCAUUAUGGCUCAAGACAUUCACUGUUUCGAAAAGUUGUGGACGUCAAAGACAAAUUGGAUCCCUCAAAGAGUUAUAACAAUGUACUUGACUCAGAAGGCAAUUCGCGAAUAAUGCUAACCCAUUCGAGUGUUACUGCCGAUGUCGGACAAAGUACGAUCCCGUACUUUGAUAUUCAGCCGGUGGCCCCAGAGCCUAGAGUCGCAUUGGACGGGAUCGGGCUUUACCACCGUAGCAACGGUGAAUCUGGAGGAUUUUUGAGUCUUAAACUUUUUACUCACGACAUUUCAACAUAUUUGAAUCCCGUUAUAAAGUCUGGUGAGUUAAGUACAGAAGAAAUCAAGGAUAUCAAAGAAGAGUCUGAGUUUUCGGAACUAGCAUAAAUUUUUCUACAUAAAUUAACAAUUAAAGUUAUUUUAAAUCAAAAUUAACUGCAAUCUUGCAUUGAAUGUUAACUCUUCUGUCAUUAAACUCCUGAAUAAAAAAUGUUGAUACA